UAGGGGCGGAACCACGUUCUUACCGGAACUUUUACGUGCGGGUUAUGGUUUGUGUCCGGAACAAUAUGAAGACGGACAGUUGUUAUGUUUCAGGCUAGUCGACGCUAGCACUGCUAAAUCACUAACGAGUCAGUUCGUUGAUCCAACCGAUAUAAACUGACCACCCUCGGCAUGUUGACCAGGGGACAGAAGCGGCUUUGGAAGUACGUCGAGGAGGGCAGCCUGUUAAAACUCAAGUCGUACCUGCGAAAGCACCGGGACUUGGACGUCAACUUUUGCCAGGGUAAGAGGCAGAGGAGCCCGCUGCAGCUGGCCUGUGGCCUCGGGGACGACGCCGUGGUGCGGCUCCUGCUUGAGCACGGAGCCGAUGUGCUCCUGGCCGACAAGAAAGGAGACACGGCGCUGCACGUCGCAAUAAAUCGAGCUCUCAAACGUGGACAAACUGCUUACGAAGACCUGGUUGUGCCCCUCAGAAAAAGUUGCCCACAGGCCAUGGAAGCCUCGAAUAUUGCUGGCGUGACGCCCCAAGACCUCCUGAAUGGGUUUAAACACUCAGAGCCUUCGGGACAAGGAGCAAGCAGCGCGUCUCAAGCUGACUCGGAGAGAGAAUGGAGGGAGAAGUUGUUUGGUGAAUGUGAGGAUGAGUUCUGCGAAACCUUUGGAGUUUAUGACGCAGACGACAUCCUCCCCGUUGAUGAAGACGACGAGGACUACGGUGACUGGUCUGAUCGCAUUAGAAGGGAAUAUUUCUCGAAGAAGCACGCAGAAGCACAGAGAUUGGCCGCGUCGUCGUAUAGCGGGAGGAGGAAGAAGAUGAACCGAGAAGAAGCUGAGCAAAACUACAAGGAGCUGCACGCCGCGCUGCAGAAGGAACACGAGGAGUAUUUGUCCCGUGCCGCACGCAAGGAGGAGGAGAUCCGGCAGGGGAAGAAGCGGCGCUAUGAGCAAAUGUGCGCGGCCACUUUCCACGGCGGCAGCGCCGAGGUCCUGCGCUACAGCGACAUCCCCUGGCCAGCGCCGCGCAGCACCGUUCAGGAGAUGGUGGAGGUCAUGCUGCACGGUGUCGAUCGCGUAGACGCGGCGGCCUUCCGCAAGGCGCUGCGCAAGCAACAGGCACUGUGGCACCCCGACAAGUUCGCGCAGAGGUGCGAAGCUCGCCUGGACGGGAAGGAUAAGCGGCGUAUCCUGGACACUGUGACGGCUCUGUCGCAAGAACUUAACAGACUGGCGCAAAGCCUGAAACCAUGACACGCUCUUUGUUGGGUUCCUGGUACCAACACCGCCUCACCUGGGUGGUGUGGGGUCAUCAGCCUCUGUGAUGGAGGCGCUUCCGCAG